CCCAGGUUGCGGCCGAGACGCGGGCGGUGAUCGCGUGGAUGCAGCGCUACCCGUUCGUGCUGAGCGCCAACCUGCACGGAGGGGAGCUGGUGGUCACGUACCCGUUCGACAUGAGCCGAACCCCCUGGAAGGCCCAGGAGCUCACCCCGACUCCGGACGAUGCCGUGUUCCGCUGGCUCGCCACCGUCUACGCCACCGCCAACCCCGCCAUGGCCACCGCCAACAACCGCAGGUGUCACCACGAGGAUUUCACGCGCUUCGGUAACAUCAUCAACGGAGCCCAGUGGCACACAGUGGCUGGCAGUGAGUAAGGGGAGAGGGGAAAGGGUUCGGAUUUUUUGGGGUUGAGGUUUUUGAGGUUUAAAGGGGGGAGAAUUGAAUUUUAAAGGUGUUUGGAGGGGUGUGGGUUAUCGGGGUGGGUUAUCGGGGCGGUUAUUGGGUGUGGGUUAUUGGGUGUGGGUUAUC